AUGCUGGAGGAGACCCCGAUGCAAACCCGCGCUCUCGGCUGCUGCCACUCACCGGACGCGGAGGCGGUCGCGGUCAAGGCCUCAGCGCCCGUCCGUGUCGAGGACCUCGGGGUGAGGGCGCGAGUGCUGCCAAGAGCGUUGCCGCGCCUGAUAUUGUACGCGGGCGUGACCUGCGUCACGCCCGAUGCUUUGCUCCUGCGGCUCCAGCGCGAGGAGGCGGACGACAUGCUGACGAUCCUCCUCUGGCGCACCGUCUUCGUCUGCGUGAUGCUCACUCCGGUCGCCGCCUCGCUCCGCGGCGGGUUUGCGAAGCUGUUCGCUGGCCUCGCCGCCGCGCCGCCCGUGCAGGUGCUGGCGGCCGGCGCUCUGCAGGCGCUGGCGACCGUCACGUUCGGCGCCUCGCUGAUGGUGUGUGACCCGGCGCAGGCCCUGAUCCUGACAAGCCUAGCACCGCUCUGGGCGGCACUCUUGGGCGCACUCCUGUUUGACGAGCCCGUCAGCGGCCGAACGCUCGGCGCCCUCGCCUUGGCCCUCACGUCGUUCAUGGCCGGCUACAUCGUCGCGACCCGCCGCCUCGCCCACUCGCACCCGCGCGCAUGCGGCCCCGCCAUCCCCGCCCUCGGCGCCUACCUCGCCCUGCUCGUGCUCGGGGCGGCGAAGCUCGCGACCGAGGGAGCCCGAGGCCUGGUCCCUCCGAGCGGCACCUUCGUCGCCCUCUCCGCCCUCAACGCCUUUGGCAUCUCCGCGAUGCACAUUGCCAUCGCCCUCGUCUCCGGCCGCGUCCCGCCGACAGAGGUCGCCAUCGCGCUGCUGCUCGAGGUGCCGCUCGGCCCGCUCUGGAUGGUCGCCGGCGUCGGCGAGCCGCUUUCCGCCUUCACCAUGUCCGGCGGUGCGCUGCUCAUCGCCACGAUCGCCGGCAAGGAGCUGCUCGACGCGCACUGGCCGCGGGAGGCGUUUGAGCAGUUCGACGUGGAGGGCGCAGUGGCCUGCAAGAUCCCACCCUUCCCCGACACGCGCACGUCCCCCGACGCGCCGCACGCAUCCAUCUCGGACCCUUCUCCGCGUGUCCGGAACUCAUCCUUCGGACGGAUCCCCUCCAUCACCGACCUCAUGAACAUGGUGCGGUGA